UUUUUUUUUUUUCUGAGUAACAAGUGCCGGGGAGAGCCGUGACCUUGAUGGGGGUGCAGCCGGAUGCGUAGGUCCCAGAACCCUCUGACUCGGUGCAUGAAUGUGGGCGGCGCAGGCAAGUAGGACCGGGGGUGCCCAGAGAGGACGGUGGAGGUCACCGCCAAGCCAGCGUCCGUGUCCCCACCCUCAUCCGAGGUCCUGGUAGGGGACCCAACGCGAUGAAGCCCUUUGGAGUUCACCAGGGUUGGGACCCUGAUGAAUGGCAAGCCACCUGUCAGCAAAGCGGACCCCAUUCUCUGAGACGUUCUUCAACAUCCCGGGAACCCCUCAGCGUGGUACGGCACGGCUCCACGCUCAACGGCACACCUGCUGCUACGCCCUCGUCCGGGUGUGUCGGGGAUCCGCCUUCGAAGAGCCAGUCCUGGGGUCUUCAUCUCAGUCCCGUCACUGCCCUGAGACCUGACCCGUUGCCGCAGCAUCCAGGCGCGCAGUGGUGAUGACCCUGGAGCCGUGCAGGCUGGAGCCCAGGAGCCUGAUGCCACGCACCCUGGACGGGCAGAUCACCAUAGAGAAGACCCCCAGCUACUUCGUGACUCGGGAGGCCCCCGGCCGCAUCCACGGCAUGUCCCCGGACACCAAGCUCAUCGUGGUGGUGCGGAACCCUGUGACGCGGGCCAUCUCUGACUACGCCCAGACACUCUCCAAGACGCCGGGCCUGCCCAGUUUCCGCGCCCUGGCCUUCCGCCACGGCCGGGGCCCCGUGGACACGGCCUGGAGCGCCGUGCGCAUCGGCCUGUACGCCCAGCACCUGGACAACUGGCUGCGCUUCUUCCCGCUGCCCCGCUUCCUGUUCGUCAGCGGGGAGCGCCUGGUCAGCGACCCGGCCGGGGAGCUGGGCCGCGUGCAGGACUUCCUGGGCCUCCGACGGGUGGUCACGGACAAGCACUUCUACUUCAACGCCACCAAGGGCUUCCCCUGCCUCAAGAAGGCGCAGGGGGGCAGCCGCCCCCGCUGCCUGGGCAAAUCCAAGGGCCGGCCGCACCCCCGCGUGCCCGAGGCCGUGGUCCGGCGCCUGCGAGACUUCUACCGACCCUUCAACCGCAGGUUUUACCAGAUGACCGGCCAGGACUUCGGCUGGGACUGAGGAGGGCGGGCCAGCCCGGGGACACUUGCUAAUCUUAAUUUAUGCCUGCGGCCGCCGGGCCACGGAGCCUGCGUACAGAUGACGGGCAGGGAACGGUAUUGAAGAAAUAAAGCCUGGGUCUGUGUUUCCCCCACGUA